CCCUUGGAAAAUGUAAUGUAAUUUAAAACCUGCAAUAUUAUAUCAAGGGAUGGUAAAGAAAUAUGUAACUGUUAUGGUAUAUAUGCGAUAAAGAGGAGAAGAAUUAGGGAAAGAAAGUGUUUAACAAAGCUGUGGCCUACACGGGCUACUUUAGAGAAAGUUUAUAUAAGAGUGUAGUAGUAGGCUAGAUUUUAUGGCAGGUGUCAGAGGUUCACUUCAAAGUAAGAUAACAAAAGUAAUUUGAAAAUAACAUAUCUCCAAAGGGCUUAAUUUGUCAAGACAGUAGUCUAAGGGUUGGGUGUGUGAGCCUGUGACUCCAAGCCCCUGGUAUAGUGUUUCUUGAAGCCUAUUGUACUGAUUUAGCAGCCCCUCGUCCCGCCCCCUUGUGUCAGUGGUCAAUGUAUAAAUACAUUUGUUCACCUUUAUGCAGCGGCAGCUCCCACACGGGGGUCAAAGGGACCCGCGGCCCUCCCACUCUGUGGAUGCACAACACAAGAAAAAAGUACCGUAUUUUACUUACCUAAAAUCAGGUUUGAAGUGAACCUUUCCCGUCUGGACUUCGUUAAACAACUCUACGAGCUCUCAGCUGCUGCGUUCAAGGGGCUGUGGGAGCUCUUUUUCUCUUGACUGCAAUGGGGAUCAAAGCUGCACUGCCCAAAUAUGAGCUUUAUUUCUACAACACGGUGCUGUGCCUGGCCCUGCUCUGGGCCACAAGCUGGAUCUUUGAUGUCUCCAGUGCAAAUACCAACAGAAAAACAUUCAAAAGCAGCAUUAAGCCCGGAUGGCACUACUUCGGGAGAAAAAUGGACACAGCGGACUUCGAGUGGGUGAUGUGGUUUUCUACGUUCAGAGAUCACAUCCUGUUCGCUCUUUCAGGGCAUAUACUGUUCGCCAAGCUUUGCACUCUGCUGGUUUCACAGUACAGGUCCCUGGUGUUUCUGGUCUAUGGGGUCCUAGCUGUUUGGACCAGUAUGGGCUGGACCUACGUGACCUUGAUGCUGUCCCACUGCAUCCUGCUCUACAGCAUCUCUCUGGUGAAGAUCCGCUGGCUCUGCUUCCUCACUGGCCUCUGUACUCUGGCCUCAUUCAAGUGUGAGCCCUUUGUGUCUUGGCAGGCAGGUUUUGUGGAGGGGGACUUUGAACUGAGGCAUGUACUUUUCUAUGGAGGCUGUGGCUUCACCAUCAUGCGCUGUAUCAGCUUUGCACUGGAGAACUGUGAGAGAAAAGAUGGAAACUACAACAUCCUGGAGCUGCUCAAAUACAACUUCUACCUCCCAUUCUUCUACUUCGGACCCAUCAUGACAUUUGAUCAGUUCUAUGCUCAAGUGAACAGGUGCAACAUGAGCAGAAAGGAAAGAGAGAUGUGGAACAUCAGUUUGCAUGGACUCAUGAAUCUGGGCAUCAUUAUUGUAGUGGACAUCCUGUUUCAUUUCAUGUACAUCCUGACCAUACCCACAGACCUGAAGCUCCUGAAGCACCUCUCAGACUGGGCUCUAGUGGGAUUGGCCUAUGUGAACCUGGUGUAUGACUGGGUUAAAGCAGCUGUCAUGUUUGGAGUCAUCAGUACUGUGGCGAGACUGGAUUACCUCGACCCACCCAAGCCCCCAAAAUGCAUCACUUUGCUCUAUGUGUUCUCUGAAACACACUUUGACAGAGGAAUCAACGACUGGCUUUGCAAAUAUGUGUAUAAUCCACUGGGAGGGAGCCAUGACAGUGUGGUGCAGGAGCUGAUAGCCACUCUGUGCACUUAUGGAGUAGCCAUCCUCUGGCUCGGGCCUUGCAAGGUUGUGCUUGUCUGGGCGUUUUUCAACUGUUUUGGCCUCAACUUUGAGCUGUGGGCUGCCAAGUUUUUUUCAAUGGAGCCCUUUGCAUCCUUUGAGACAGCAAUGUCAGCAGCAGGAUCCCGGCGAUUAAGAGCCAUCUUUAAUGCCUUCAACUUUUGGUGCAUUUUAUUGUUUAAUAUUUUGGCCUUGAACAGUCUUGACUUUGCUAAAAUGGUGGCUAAAAGACUGCUGCUCAAAGGUUUUCCCAUAACCACAGUCAUGGUGCUGUUUGUGACCUACUGCCUGGUACAGGUGAUAAAGGAGAGAGAGCGGAGACUAGCGCUGAUUGAUGACCCAGACCCUGAGCCUCCUGCCCCCCCUCUCGACACUGCCGCUCCCACAGACCCCACCCAGCCUGCCCCCGAACCGGGCAAAGAGAAGGCAGAAUGAGAGUAGUGCAAUGUUUACCAACAGUAUUACAGAUCAUUUAAUACCAGGGAUUUUAAGCAUUUAAUUUUGACUGUUAGAGGUUGUACAACAUUUCAUUUAGGUCAUUAAUGUUUAUGCAAAAUAAAAUGAUUAAUGAUUAUUUACAAUGAUGCUUGUUAAUACUUUUAUCAAAGUAAUAAAUAUCUCCCUUUGUUGCAUA